CUGUACUCCCCUCGUUUAUUCAAUGUAUAUAAAGGGUGACGGACAAACCAUAUUUGUUUAAUUUCAAGUGAAGAAGCAAAAUAAUAUUAUUGUAUAAGAGUUUGAAGUGGAGAAGAUAAUCCAGAGAUGGGAAAAGAAUGCCACCCUUUGUUGAGUGGGAGGAGAAAAGCAAGAAGCAACUACAGCCAUGGCUUCUCUUCAGCAGAGAUGCAAACACUGGCCACCAUUUGCGACACCAUUUUACCUUCAAUUCCCUUGGAGGAAAAACAAGACCAUCCUGCAGGCAAUAAGGCUUUGGAAUAUUUUUACAAAGCUUCUGGUUCUCAAGCUCCCAUCCCUGACGAGGUUGCUGAAAUUUUAGUGAAAAGAGGCCUAAUAGAAGCGGGGAUCUUGAUUAGAGUAAUAUUGAUGAUCCUUUCCACAAAGUUGGGCACGUUUUUGCUUUGUGGGUCGCUUUGUUUGAGCAAAAAAUGGCCUUUCAUCAACAGAUUUUCGUGUAUGUCAUUCGAGAAUCGGGAGAAGGUUCUACAAAAAUGGUUCAAACAUUGGUUUCUGACGCCCGUUCGAGUUGCAUUUAUGUACAUAAAGGCUCUAUGCCUCUUCGUUUUCUUAUCCCGGGUAAUUCUACUCUUCAUUAUCACUAGCUGA